AUGAAAUAUUUUUUCUUAAUUUGGUUUGUUUAUUUGACUCUUGGGAGUUCAAUAGUAGGAAAAUAAGCUUCAGGUAAUCAUAGUUAGUAUUUGUUAGAAUAGUUCUUCCCACUAAUUAUGGAUUGGUUCAAAAAAUAAGGAUAGAAGAUUGACUAAGCUUUGGCUUUUAGUGCACUAACCUAAAUUAUUUAAUUAACUGAUGAAGAACUAUUGUAAAACACUGAAAAUUCAGAGUUUAUCAAGACAUUUUAAUAAUAAGUAUUCUGUUAGAGUAACAUUAUAAAGAUAUUGAAAUAUUGCAAAGAGAAAAAGGAUUUUGAAUAUGAUAGGAUAGAAAAUAUAGAACAAUUCAUUGAAGAUGAGCUUAAACACAACUCUAACUAUUUCAAAAUUAUGAUUAAAGACAAAGAAAAAAUGAUAGAUUAAGAUAAUAAAGAAUUAGAAAAAGUUAAAAAAUCCAUCAAAGAUCACACUAAAUUGUAAGAUAAACUAAAUGAUAUUCUGGAAUUAAUUCAAGAAAUUGAUAUAAGUAAAUUCAAAUAUUUAUCUGAUAGGUACUUAAAUAGGAACAGCUGAAAAAUUAUAUAAAACAUUAGAAAUUAUUGAAUCAAAAGCAGUUAUUGGGUUAUUUAAAUAAUAAUCUGAAGAAAUAUAGCUUUAUUUAACUCAUGUUGAUUAGCUAUUCAAGAAUAAAAAUUUUGAAUAAGACUAAGUAAUUAUUGAUAUUUUAUGCAAGUUUGAAAUAAUUAAUCUGAUUUCAAUGAUAAAGAAUAUCUUGUUAGACAUGAAAUUUAAUAUAUAAUUGAAAAUGUAAGAUGAUGAUAUGGCAACCUUUGAAACAAUGAAAUUUUUUGAAAAUACAAAAAUUACUCAUUAAAUAGCACUGGAUUAUUUUAAGGAUGAAUCAAAUUAAUUUUUAGGUAUAUAUUCAUAUUAAUAAUAGGUAAUUUAAUGAAAAUAUGGGAAUAAACUUUUGAUACUUAAAAUGAAAUAUACAAAGAUAACAUACAAUUUUGUUAGAUUAUUGAACAAUUAACUUAAGAAACAAAUAAAAUUGAAGAUUCUCUUAAUUCUUCACCAUAAUUUAAAAAAUACUCUCUAAAAAAGACAGAAAUCUAAUUCUUAAAGCAUUCAAAUUGA